AUGGACAGUCGUAGAAAAGUGUAUCAUAAAACAGGAAACAAUGCUCAAAGGAUACAGGAGAUUCGAGAAAGUAUCAGAAUCAGAGCAAGAUCUAAGAAAGAAAGUGAGAACAGUGAUAAAAGAAGAGAAAGAUACAGAAAUCGAGAAGAUGUUGAAAAACUAAUGUCAGAAUCUGAUCCUUAUUUGGCAGCUCCUUACGAGGAAAAAGUUAAUUUUCUGAAUGGGAUCUCCAAAACAAUCAUGGAAACAACAUUAGAAUCAUUGACAGAUAAUGAAUUCUUUAAAUAUGUUUGUCAUUUAAUGCUGAAAUUUCUCCGUGACGAUCACCCAUGUAUCCGUGCGAUGUGUUUUCAUAUCGUCAGAAAAUGCACAAUGAAUGAAAAGAAUCUGGCGGUGAUUCUGACAACCCACGUGGAUAUUUACAUUGUCAGAGCAAUAGAUUUACAAAUGGAAAAUCAGACGGAGAGAAUUGAGGCGUUCAAAUUGAUCAUCUGGAUGUUAAAGAUUUAUGAGACGUCGAAUCUUAAAAAGUUGAUUGAUAGUUCGGCAGCUCAGAAAAAUGGAAAAAAGUAUGCAUUCCCAAAAUCCGUAAUGCAGCCUAUUAUUUCUAUUGCUCUUUCAGCAUUCGAGGGGCAACAGUCUAAUGGAAAAGACAAAUUAUCUCUUCCAUGUAUCGGCCUGUUUCUUGAACUCAGUUUGACAGAGCCUUCUUUAAUUCUCGAAAUGGCUGGAACCGACUGGCUCGUGAAAGUUCUUACCGGGGUGUCUUGUAUGAGCAAACGGAUUGUGAUACUUGCAUCUCACGUCUUGAUAUUCUGGUUGGAUUCUCCAAUGAUUCGAAUUAAAGCUCAUUUGGAUCUAGUUAUGGAACAGAUAUUUGCUCCGUUGGUUGAAUUCGGAAUGUUUCAGAAAAGAGGAAGCAUGAUGAACAAUGAUUCAGCUCACGAAAGCUUCCACAUGAAUGAUUUUCUUGAGAACUUCAAGUGCUCUUUCCUCUGUAUCAUUCGUUCUUGGCCAGGUCUUUUCGCUUGUGCUGCAGUUGGUCCCAACUCAAAUAUUCUCCCAUCUUCCCCGUUUCGUCUACUAGAUUAUCUUGGUUUGGGAACAGUUGCCAAUGAUAAUUUGGUCAGAAUUCGAGAUGCAAUUGUGGAUUUGUGUUGUGAUUUUGUGGAUGUUCCCUAUGCAAGCAAGACUUUUGAAUCGUGGGAAGAAGCACUAGCUUUUUAUAAAGCAAUGCACUUACCCGACAAGUUCAAAAGCAACCUGAAACAUGACUUUGUGAUUGCUCAAAACGAUGCACGCUUGAAAAAUGACACAGAGCGCCGUAAACCAACAAUUGAUCUACUUGCCGCGUUUCGAGUUCUCUCUCAAUUCGUCCUCAUCAACGCUCAAUUACCUCUGUCUCUUGCCAGACUGAUUCUCGCCAUGCCGGAUUCCUCGAGUGGUUUGAAAGCAACUCUUUUAAUGGCUGACAUGCUCCGUCAAGCGCCUUCCCAUGUUCCAGCUGGUUAUCGUGCUCCAGUUCUUUCAAUGCCAACUCUUGUGCAAUCUGCGUGUGAAUCGUUAAGCCAGAGUCAUGCUGUCUCUGCUAUCAAUGAAACUUUUGAUAUCAAUGCUAUUGAACAAUAUACAUUCCUUCACGCUACAAAUGCUGAACUUGUUCUUAAUCGUUUCGACAAAUUGAAUCAGUCUUGGAUAAGAUCUGCAUCAACUUCGUCUACCGUUCUCAAAGAAUCUGAUCUAAUGCUAUUUGCCCCUCAUAUGUCUGAACCUGUCCUAGUUCAAGCACCGAUUAGAAAAUCUAAAAGUGAUAGUUCUUUUCGAGCAGGAGCAAGUCUCAAACGGAAUACAUCACCAGAUCUUUAUGAAGAUGAGUGCCCAGGAGAAUUCAAUGAAACCGUGUUACGUGGAAAAUACGAUAAGAAUGCGUUGAUGAUGAUGGAUGAUGCUGAUGAUUACGACUACUCAAUCCCAAGGAUUCGAGAUACAUUUGACGACGAGGAAGAGAAUGCAAAGAAGUUUUUCGUCGAUUCAAAUGGGGCUUUUGAUUGGAAUUAUAUGGAAUUCUAUGUGGAAAAUAUUGAAAAAGAUGGUUAUGAGAAAUUGGUCAAAGAGUUUUCUUCGAAUACUAUCGAAGAUCAUAUUGGAAACAUGUUCCACUUCUUAUCACCGUCUGAACAAGAGAAGAACAAACGAAUGCUUGAUCGACAACAUGUGAUCGUUGCCAAGAGUAUCAUCAAGCUUCUGCUCCGAGUGUUCCCAAAUAACGAGGGAAUUAGUGAGGAUUAUGUGCCAAUCCUACAGAAAUACGUGGCGAAUUUCAGACUUGUUUUAGAAAGUAGAUCCAAUCCGAAUUCCUAUUUCGGCCCAAGAAAUCUUUCUUACAACCAAUCGAUGCUUCAUUUUGCUAUAAUCGGAACAUUCACAAUGACAACUCAAGGAUUGAAUAUACUGAACAAUGUUGGAAUACUUCAUAUGUGA